AUGACCGUCACCGACACGAUAAAGAGCGCUGUCGGCCUCACCGGCGGCGAGCCCCAGAAGGCUACCCGCGAGGAAAUGAGCGCCGCCCGCCUACCGCUCGCCUACAGAGAUUCCUGCGCACAUCUGCUUAUCCCGCUGAACCGGUGUCGCGUCGACGAAUACUAUCUGCCCUGGAAGUGCGAGGACGAGCGACAUUCAUACGAGAAGUGCCAGUACGAGGAGUUUAAGCUGAGGGUGAAGAAGAUGGAUGAAUUGAGGGCGGCUAAGAAUGGAGAGAGGAGCAACUAG